AUGCUUAUAGAACCAGCACUUACAGAGGUUUCAAAAGGCUUUUGCAAAUUUCCAAAAUGUCAGGACAGUUUUAUUCAAUCCCACAUUCAAUCUACUAUUGUUGCAUGCCAAGAAGAUCUUAAAAACAACCAGACAUUAGCACAAGCCAUUUUUGCUGCUUUCGUUUUUAAUUCUCCUUUGCAUGAUUCAGUAUGCUUUGAAAAUAAACAACGCAUGUUUUGCUGGGAUGAAUUUAUUAGAAAUAAUAUUAGUAUACCUAAUUUUACCUCCAUAGAAAAAUUAAAUAAUAAUAAUUCUGUUGACAAAAUCUGCACUCUAUGUAACAGGGCCAUUGUUAAUACUUUUUUUAAUUUUAUUCCCACAAGUUUUUAUGCUCAAUUAAUAAUUCCUUUAAAUAAAGUAGAAGACAAUAAGAAAUUGCUUGCUUUCGUAUGUGGUGAUGACUUUGUCA